AUGGAAAGAACUGGAGAACUGGAGAACUGGAGAACUGGAGAACUGGAGAACUGGAGAACUGGAGAACUGGAGAACUGGAGAACUGGAGAACUGGAGAACUGGAGAACUGGAGAACUGGAGAACUGGAGAACUGGAGAACUGGAGAACUGGAGAACUGGAGAACUGGAGAACUGGAGAACUGGAGAACUGGAGAACUGGAGAACUGGAGAACUGGAGAACUGGAGAACUGGAGAACUGGAGAACUGGAGAACUGGAGAACUGGAGAACUGGAGAACUGGAGAACUGGAGAACUGGAGAACUGGAGAACUGGAGAACUGGAGAACUGGAGAACUGGAGAACUGGAGAACUGGAGAACUGGAGAACUGGAGAACUGGAGAACUGGAGAACUGGAGAACUGGAGAACUGGAGAACUGGAGAACUGGAGAACUGGAGAACUGGAGAACUGGAGAACUGGAGAACUGGAGAACUGGAGAACUGGAGAACUGGAGAACUGGAGAACUGGAGAACUGGAGAACUGGAGAACUGGAGAACUAG